GUCAGUCUGCAACUCGAUGCUUAGCCUGCAUUUAUCAGUUCUGCUUGUCUUUCAGCCCGUCUGCUCUACGUUUGUGUUUUCCCUGGAUUAUUUCAUUAUUACCUGCCUGGACUAUUUAUUGUUUUAAUGUUUUGGAUAUUGGAUGUUACGUUCCCCCUUUUGGAUAUCCUGUUUUUUGUUGGACUACCUUGUUUUGCUGGACUAGUCCUUUAAGUAGGACUCUGAACCUGUAAGUUGUUCUGUCACUCCAGGAAAUAAAUCAGUUUACAACAUCCUGCUUGGUUAGUGCCUUGCAAUUUGACGAUAGAGGGUUACAAAGGGUGUUUGAUUCCAAACUUCGAAUGGACAUCCUGCGUUCCUCUGGGUGAGGCGAAAAAUUGUCAUAAACAACAGAACUCCAGGAUGAUUCACAUGAUAGACAGACUCAUCUGGAAACCUCAUCUAAGUGGCUUCAGUUCAAUGGUUUUGCAUCACAUUGCUGUCCUCCUUCUCCUAACUCACUCUUGUGGAGGUCAGUCUCAGGUGACUGGUCCAUCUCAGCCAAUAGUGGCGAUGGUUGGUGAUGAUAUCAUUUUGCCAUGUUACCUGGAACCUGCUGUGGAUGCUGCAGACAUCACUGUGGAGUGGGCAAGACCUGACCUAAAACCCAGAUUUGUCCAUUUGAGGCGAGAUGGUGUGGAGCUUCUGCUUGAGGAGCAUCCAUUGUACAUGGGGAGAACAUCACUGUCCGUCAACAAACUCAAGCGUGGAGACAUUUCACUGAAACUCUCCAAAGUGAAGUUCUCUGACGCGGGAACAUACAGGUGCCUCGUCCCCACGCCUGGUACGGAAUCUGUAAUCGAUCUUGCUGUAGGCGCUGUCUCGUCACCUGAAAUACACAUUUCUACAGUCAGCAAAGGAGUGAUGUUAGACUGUAAAUCUAAAGGCUGGUAUCCAGAGCCUGAGGUGUUUUGGCUGGACGGUGAGGGAAACCUCCUCUCUGCUGGACCUACAGAGACAGUCAGAGGUCCUGAUGACCUCUAUACUGUCAGCAGCAGAGUGACUGUGGAGAAGAGACACAGCAACAGCUUCACCUGUAGAGUCCAACAGAAGGACAUCAACCAGACCAGAGAGACUCACAUCCAGGUUCCAGCUGAUCUCUUCAUGGUCAAGUCAAGAUCUGCUCUUCAUAUCACCAUCUGCCUGUCUGCGUGCAUCAUGUCCAUUAUUGAAGUUGUCUUUGUUUUGUGGAAAUGGGGACAAAAUAAAAUCAACACUGAAGUGGGAGAAAGAAUGACAAGGGUCAAAAGAUUUGGCAACACCACAGAACUUCAGCUUCUGAUGGAGGGAGAAAGAGACGUCAAGCUGCUCCAAACAGAUAGUGAGAAAAUGAAGUAUUUGGACAAGACAAAGGCAAAAGUUGAUGAGAAGUUACAGAAGAAAGAGGAAGAGUUGCAACAUGUAAAACAGUGGUAUGAUUUUCAGAACUCCAGGAUGUUUCGUCUGAAGGAUGGAUGCUCCCCAAAACCGCGACUCUGUACCUUCAAUGUUUUGGUUUUCCAUCACACUAUGGCACUGCUUCUGCUAACACACUGCUGUAAAGGUCAGUCUCAAGUAAUUGCUCCACGUCAGCCAAUCCUGGCAGUCGUUGGUGAUGACAUCAUUUUGCCAUGUCACCUGGAACCUGCUAUGGACGUUGCCUCCACAGCUGUGGAGUGGUCGAGACCUGACCUGAAACCCAGAUUUGUCCACGUGAAACGUUCUGGUCAAGAACUUCUAGAUGACCAGCAUCCAUCCUACAGAGGAAGAACAUCGCUGUUCAACAAGAAACUGCAGGACGGAGACAUUUCACUGAAACUCUCCAAAGUCAAGCUGUCUGACAGGGGAACAUACAGGUGCUUUGUUCCCAUAUUGAACAGAGACUCAACUGUGGAGCUGUUCUUUGGUUCAGUAUCAUCCCCUGAAAUAAACAUUUCUACAGUCAGCAAAGGAGUGAUGUUAGACUGUAAAUCUAAAGGCUGCUAUCCAGAGCCUGAGGCGUUUUGGCUGGACGGUGAGGGAAACCUCCUCUCUGCUGGACCUACAGAGACAGUCAGAGGUCCUGAUGACCUCUAUACUGUCAGCAGCAGAGUGACUGUGGAGAAGAGACACAACAACAGCUUCACCUGUAGAGUCCAACAGAAGGACAUCAACCAGAUCAGAGACACUCACAUCCAGGUUCCAGCUGAACUCUUCAUGGUCCAGUCUAGUUUUGCUGUUCGGAUCACCAUCUGCUUGGCUGUGUGCAUCAUGUCUGUUGUUGCAGUUGUCUUUAUUUUGUGGAAAUGGGGACAAAACAAAAUCAAUACCAAGUGGCACCAUGAGGGUGAGACUGAAGUUGGAGAAAAAAAGACUUGGAUCACAACAUUUGGCAACAGCACAGAACUUCAACUUCUGAUGGAGGGAGAAAGAGAGCAGCUCAUGACAGAAAGUGAGAAAAUGAAGUAUUUGAACAAGACAAAGGCAAAACUUGAUGAGGAGUUUGAGAAGAAUGGGGUAGAGUUGGAACAUGUGCAACAGUUGAUUACAACACUGACGGAGCAGAAGAAAGAUCUGAGGAACCAGAGAGAGAAACUCAUCUCACUACAGCAGGAGGACAAGAUCAAGAUACAAGAGUAUGAGAAGAAGCUGACGACAAAACCAAAAACAGACAAACACAAAAAAAAGAAGAAGCGUGAAAUGACCAAAGAGUUUCUGGAGAAGAGGGCGACAGAACACGAGGAACUGUUAAAGAACACAGAGGAACUAUUGGAGACAACAGACAAUCUGAUUAUUAGAAUGACAGAAAGGAAAGGGAAACUAGAGAAGGAUAAAGAGCAAAUAAAUAAAUACCUCAAAGAGACAGAGAGACAGAGAGAAGAGGUUCAGAGGAAACUUCAGGCAGCGCAGUCAGAGAGAGAAGAGGAAAUAAAUGAAACAUUAUCUGAACCAGAGAGAGAAACUCAUCUCACUACAGAAGGAGGACAAGACACAGAUACAGCACAAGAAGAAGCUGGAGAUGAAACCAAAAACGGACAAAAGCAAAAAGACCAUAAAGAAUCUAGACAGGAGAAAUACAGAACACAGAGAGACUGUAACCUGAUAAUGAGAAUGACAGAGAGGAAAUGGAAACUAGAGAAGGAUAAGAAGCAAAUAAAUAAAUACCUGGAAGAGACAGAGAGAAGAGCUUCAGUGGAAACUUCAGUUAGAGCAUCCAGAAGGAGUAGAUGAUAUAUAUUAUCCAUUAACAAAUGAUCCCAUGUGAUUAUUUUAUUUAGUAUUCAAUUGCAAAACUUCUGAACAUUUAUAAAAUUAUGAUUCAUUUUAGAUCCCUAAUGUCAUUUAAUCACCUGGUUAUUCCAAACCAGAUGUGACCACAGUCUGUUCGCUGCUCACAUCCUCCAUCCUUUGUUCUAGUAAUGUAUCAUUAUGUUGCAUAAUAAUGUUGUGAAUUGUGAAAAGUUUUGAAUAUGUUGUGCUAUAACAUUAUUUUGCUGUAUUUGUAUAUGCUGGUUUCACUGACAUAAAUGAUUUAUUUACUGUAUGUGUGACUGAACAAUACAGAAUAAUUUAGGGUAGUUUAUAUUAGUAUUCCCCAAGGGUUUUGGUUUUAUUAGUUGUUUAAGUUAAGUACUUCAAUUUAAAUACUCACAGAUUACAACAAAUGAUUGAUAUGUUUUAAAUUAAAUUCAAAAUUGAUUUGA